AUGGGUGGGUCAAAGAUGUUCCCAGCGAUGACUUCUAGUACCAAAAUGCCCCGAGUCUCAUCAUGGGGCAUCAUGAUUGAGAGACCAGAAGACAAAGCGGCCAGGUUGUCUGUCCAGUCGAAGAUGCCAAAAAUCUCCUUUCACCAGACUCCACACAUUACUUACCCACGUAGCCCAUCACUGUGGAGAACAUAUGAACCUGAGCCACACUUCAUCCCACCCAGAAUUGUUGAGCAGCCAGAUCCAGCAACUUUGAAGAAGCAAUGUAUGUAUCGAAAGAAGCUGGAGAAGGAGAAAAUUAAGGCCAUGAAGAAAAGAUCUGAUUUUUCUCUCUCCAAGUUUGUCAAGGUAGCAAAGAUUAAACAGAAAGAGAUCGGCAUUUGGGAGGAAGACCAGAAAGCAGAAAGGCUCAAGGUUCUCAUAAAGUACUUGGCUUCCCCUGUGGAACUUCAACAACUCUAUGCAGCUCAGGCCCUUGGGCACCUUGGUGUUGCUGAAGAAAUGGUUGUAUCUGCACUUUAUAAUACUCUUCAAGAAAGUAACAAUCAGCCAUUGCAAUAUGAAGCAGCUCGAUCCCUUGCUUUGCUGGGUUGCCUAGAGACUUCUGUAAUGAAAGUACUCAUUAAGCAUCUGAAAGUAGUGACCCUGAAUAAGAGAGAAGAUAUAUUGGCUGCAUUGAAGGUUUCUCUGCAAGCCUGGUCAUUCACAUCAACUUUUGAGCAACAUUGCAUAGGGUACCGGAACAGCUUAAUGCGAAAUCUACAGCGGCUGGUGAACUUGCAGGAACCAUUGGAUGAUAUAAGCUUCGAUGCAGCCCUUUGCUUGGGUUAUCUGGACAACUCCAAUCUGCUCUCCCAACAGACCAUGUUGAUGUGCUUGACCCAGAAAGACUGGAAGAAAAAAAGUCAGGCCUUGCUUAUGCUUAUAAAGCACAUGGAAAUCAUGAAUGCUGAAAUUAUCCAGAGUGUUCUACACCAUCUCCAACAUUGUCCUGUGUACAAGCUACGUGCGGACUCUGCACAACUGUUGACCACUAUAGGGCUUGAGAUUAUCCAGCAAGAAGGCAUGGAGGAAAUGGUGUUUAAUGUGCUUCUGAUGAAGUUAUCUGAGGAACCCUUUCUGGUGGUAAAGCAAUUUGUGGCCUUAGCUAUUGAAGAACUGAAUAUGAAAAAACAGGUCUGGGAGAUAGUAGAGAAGCAACUGAAGGAUGAACAAGCUCAGAUUCGAAAGCAGGCUGUGAUUGCAUUGGGUGUCCUUGGUCUUCGCAAGGCGAGUGUUUUCCUUGCCAUGUUGGAGAUGCUGGAGCUGGAUACCAGUGUGGAUGUUCGUGUACAGGUUAUUAGGACAUUUUCUACUCUGGGAAUAAACAAUGCACAGGUGCAGAAGAGUCUUAGAAGAAAGGUACAGACAGGAGGCAUUCUAGCCAGAGAAUGUGCCAAAGCCUUGAAAAUCCUUGACAAAAUCUCUGUGGCCAGGAAGGAGUCAAUGCUCAAAUCCUACAGGGUCAUCUGAGAAAUCGGUUUUGGAUAACAGAAUGCCAUGAAGACCAGCUUAAAUCCCAGGAUUUUGCAUUGCACAACACAAAGGAAAGAAAUGGGAGUGUGUGGCAUGAAGCUUCCUUUGACUUUUUGCGGCAGGUGAACAAACUGUGGCCCUAGAUAUUCAUGUGCCCAUAGAUCUGAUCUUCAGACUUCUGCAAAUGUGAUCUAUCCUCAGCAGCCUUCUAUGCAGAAAGAGGUAGCAGAGAGAAGAAGAAGAAGUGGUGGUGAGGGAAGGGGGAGGAAGAGGGGAGGUUCAACUUGUAAUUUUUCUUGCCUCACUACAUCUAUGCAGACUGAACACCUCUGGUGGAUUGGGAGCUUCUGCCUAAAAAGGAGUCUCUUGUUUACAGAAUGCCUUUUUUCAGCAAUUACUAGUUUCUGGGAGGUAAAAUUCAAAGCAGAGCCCAAUUUAUGGUUGGUGCAGCCUUUUCAUAAAUUGACUUCUCUUGAGUUGCCAUUCAGUUGAUGCAAUUUAAAGUCAUGUUAGAUGAAGAAAUUUGCUCCUGCCUUCUUAAACAAACCUGCAGAUCAUGCCCUGUGAGGAGCAGCUUACAGAACUGGGUAUGUCUCGCCUGCAAUAGAGAAGGUUGAGAGGGGACAUAAUAGCCAUGCUUUCUGCUGCCCUUGAAACUAGGACUAGGAGCAAUGGGUUCAAAUGACAGGAAAGGAGAUUCCACCUGAACAUGAGAAAGAACUUCCUGUAAGAGAUGUUCAACAGUGGAACUUUUUGCCUCAGAGUGUGGUGGAAGCUCCUUCCUUGUGAGCUUUCAAACCAAUGAUUCUCAGCCUAUGGGUCCCCAGAUAUUUCGGCUUUCAACUCCCCAAAAUCUUAACAGCUGGGGACCCACAGGUUGAGA